AUGAAUGACCUCUUGGAAGGAGGACCUCUGAAGCUGCUGCCACAGGCCUUUGGUGCCUUCUCUGCCGCCGCCUUUCAGUGCAGCAGGGGCUUCUACGGGACGGGAGAGACCUUCCUGUUCUCCUUCUCCCCGGAGCUGAAGGUGUUCAGGUGGACAGGCAGGAACAACUUCUUUGUGAAAGGGGAUGUGGACCUGCUGAUGGUUGGUGGGGGCAGUGGCAGGUCUGGGCUGUGGCUGGAUGGAGACCUGCACCACGGGGGCAGCCGCCCCUGCGACACCUUCGACAACGAGACCCUCUCGCCGCGGGAGGAAUUCCGGGUCCAGGAGCUGGAAGUGUGGGGCCUGGCCUGA